GUGGUGGGGUAAUGUACGUGUGUGUUGGUGGUGGUGUUACUGUUGCUGGUAUUGGUGGUGGUGUUGCUGGUGUUAGUGGUGGUGUAGUGUUACUGGUGCAAUGUUGGUGGUGGUGUUACUGGUGCUGGUGCUGGUGUUAGUGGUGGUGUAGUGUUACUGGUGCAAUGUUGGUGGUGGUGUUACUGGUGCUGGUGCUGGUGUUAGUGGUGGUGUAGUGUUACUGGUGCAAUGUUGGUGGUGGUGUUACUGGUGCUGGUGCUGGUGUUAGUGGUGGUGUAGUGUUACUGGUGCAAUGUUGGUGGUGGUGUUGCUGGUGCUGGUGGUGGUGUUAGUGGUGGUGUAGUGUUACUGGCAGUGUUGGGCGUAGCGGCACUACUAGUAUGUAGCCCCGCUACGUAGCGAAGCUACUUUUUUAGGUAGGGCUAGUCACUACCCGCUACUCGGGGUGGACCAUGCAACUACGUACGUGACGAAAACGCGAAUGAAACGUGUACAGUUGAGUGGGCUGAGCCGCGGCCCGUCACGUACUCUUGUCAGUCACGGUCUCAGUCGCCCGCCUCGAGGCACGGGAGUGUUUGGAACAACGGGAGUCAGACGUACAGUAUCCUCCUGCUUGGCGCAAUAAAUGUCAAGAAAGUUACGAUCCUGCCUUUCUCUGCCAUGGACACCUUCUAAGGCCACGACUCCGUUCAGCUCAGCGUUUGCCUCGGUCCCAAGCUACGGUGGGCUGGCAGGGACGCAGGAGUCUUCAGGUGCCGCGGCCCCAGGUUCCGGCGGGCUGGUGGGGACGCAGGAGUCUUCAGGUGCCGCGGCCCCAGGUUCCGGCGGGCUGGCGGGGACGCAGGAGUCUUCAGGUGCCACGGCCCCAGGUGACGGCGGGCUGGCGGGGACGGAGGAGUCUUCAGGUGCCGCGGCCCAAGGUGACGGCGGGCUGGCGGGGACGGAGGAGUCUUCAGGUGCCGCGGCCCAAGGUGACGGUGGGCUGGCGGGGACGGAGGAGUCUUCAGGUGCCGCGGCCCAAGGUGACGUCGGGCUGGCGGGGACGGAGGAGUCUUCAGGUGCCACGGCCCAAGGUGACGGCGGGCUGGCGGGGACGGAGGAGUCUUCAGGUGCCGCGGCCCAAGGUGACGGCGGGCUGGCGGGGACGGAGGAGUCUUCAGGUGCCACGGCCCAAGGUGACGGUGGGCUGGCAGGGACGGAGGAGUCUUCAGGUGCCACGGCCCAAGGUGACGGCGGGCUGGCGGGGACGGAGGAGUCUUCAGGUGCCACGGCCCAAGGUGACGGCGGGCUGGCAGGGACGGAGGAGUCUUCAGGUGCCACGGCCCAAGGUGACGGCGGGCUGGCGGGGACGGAGGAGUCUUCAGGUGCCGCGGCCCAAGGUGACGGCGGGCUGGCGGGGACGCAGGAGUCUUCAGGUGCCGCGGCCCAAGGUGACGGCGGGCUGGCGGGGACGCAGGAGUCUUCAGGUGCCGCGGCCCCAGGUGACGGCGGGCUGGCGGGGACGCAGGAGUCUUCAGGUGCCGCGGCCCCAGGUUCCGGCGGGCUGGCGGGGACGCAGGAGUCUUCAGGUGCCACGGCCCAAGGUUCCGGCGGGCUGGCGGGGACGGAGGAGUCUUCAGGUGCCGCGGCCCAAGGUUCCGGCGGGCUGGCGGGGACGGAGGAGUCUUCAGGUGCCGCGGCCCAAGGUUCCGGCGGGCUGGCGGGGACGGAGGAGUCUUCAGGUGCCGCGGCCCAAGGUUCCGGCGGGCUGGCGGGGACGGAGGAGUCUUCAGGUGCCACGGCCCAAGGUGACGGCGGGCUGGCGGGGACGGAGGAAUCUUCAGGUGCCACGGCCCAAGGUGACGGCGGGCUGGCGGGGACGGAGGAGUCUUCAGGUGCCACGGCCCAAGGUGACGGCGGGCUGGCGGGGACGGAGGAAUCUUCAGGUGCCACGGCCCAAGGUGACGGCGGGCUGGCGGGGACGGAGGAGUCUUCAGGUGCCACGGCCCCAGGUGACGGCGGGCUGGCGGGGACGGAGGAGUCUUCAGGUGCCACGGCCCCAGGUGACGGCGUGCUGGCGGGGACGGAGGAGUCUUCAGGUGCCGCGGCCCCAGGUUCCGGCGGGCUGGCAGGGACGCAGGAGUCUUCAGGUGCCGCGGCCCAAGGUUCCGGCGGGCUGGCAGGGACGCAGGAGUCUUCAGGUGCCGCGGCCCAAGGUGACGGCGGGGUGGCGGGGACGCAGGAGUCUUCAGGUGCCGCGGCCCAAGGUUCCGGCGGGCUGGCAGGGACGCAGGAGUCUUCAGGUGCUGCGGCCCAAGGUGACGGCGGGGUGGCGGGGACGCAGGAGUCUUCAGGUGCCGCGGCCCAAGGUGACGGCGGGCUGGCAGGGACGCAGGAGUCUUCAGGUGCUGCGGCCCAAGGUGACGGCGGGCUGGCAGGGACGCAGGAGUCUUCAGGUGCUGCGGCCCAAGGUGACGGCGGGCUGGCAGGGACGCAGGAGUCUUCAGGUGCCGCGGCCCUAGGUUUCGUCUGGGUGGCGGGGACGGAGGCGUCUCCUGAUGCUGCGGCCCCAGGUUACGGCGGACUGUCGGGGACGAGGGAGUCUUCAUGUGCCAUGGCGAACUACACGCAGGGCGGCGGCGGUGGAUGGGAGCAAAGAGGAGGUGAAGGGUGCAUGGGUAUUAAAAAUAGUUUGAGUAGAAUUGUUGAAUCAGUAAAAAAAAUUGGCAGUUCCUGGAUUCUUAGUCAAGGCCACCGACAUGAAAGCAACUCUGAAGGGAGGUCCGUGAUAAAAGUCCAUGAGGAUGAAGGAGGCUCGCAUGGGGUUGGAGGAGCCGCCGUUACCGUGGGUGUUGACGCCUUGACUACGAUGACUCCGCUGUCCCACCUUUACCACAAGCAAAGCCAACAGGAGCGUGAUAAAUUGCCAGAAGAGGAUGAGCUGCUGCAGGCGGCCGCUGAGGGAGACUUGUGUAAGCUGCGUCCGCUGCUGCUCGACGGCGGUGUUGACGUGAACGCUGCCUGCCGCUCCGGGGACUAUCAAGGGUGGCGGGCGCUACACCGAGCGGCGGAUGAGGGCCAGUGGGAGGCAGUUCUGAUGCUGCUGAACGCUAAGGCUGACCCGGGGGCAAGGAUUGGAGAGAAAGGGCCCAUGGCGGCACACCUGGCGGCUCAGGGAGGGCACCUCAAGGUGCUGAAACAUCUUCUCCCGCGCAUGACUCAGCGUGACAGGUUCGCCACCACGCGCAGCACAGGCGUUGCUAACCACCCGCCUCCAGGGAUGCAGCUCAUCCAUCUGGCUGCCUUCGGCGGGCACGUGAACGUGCUCAGCUAUCUCACUAACCAAGGCUUCGACGUCAAUGCCUUGACACAAGAUGUCAGGGUGCUGACGGCGCUCCACCUGGCGUGUGAGAACCACAAUGAGGCGGCGGCGCGCUGGCUGGUGACGGAAGCCAAGUGUGACAUUACCAAGGAGGACCACCGGGGCUACAGGGCCAGCGACCUCGCCGAAGAGAGUGGGAGCAAAACUUUGUGCCAGUUCCUGAAAGAUGCGCAGAUGGCUCAGCUCCUGGUUAGGCACCCCGAGCUGGCAGAAGACGCGGCCUGGCGCAAGAGGGGCGACGAAGGGAGGAGCCAUAUGAGGAGGGGCAGUCACAGAGGAAAUGGCAGGCAGAAGGACCAACCAACGGGCCAGAUUAACCAACCUGUGCGGAUGAAUAACCAGCCCGUGGGCCUGAGGAACCUAGGAAACACAUGCUACCUGAACGCCGUCGUGCAGUGUUUGUACCACACCGACAAGCUGACUGCCUUCUUCCUGGACGAUGCAUGGAGGAGCCACAAGACCAAGGGAACCAGCGGCGGUGAACCUCAUGGUGGAAGCUGCAGCAGUGAACAGGACGACAAAAGAAAUUAUGGGGCUCAUGAUAGUAGUACCACCAACGGUGAGGAUCAUGGUUGUGCCACCAACAGUGAGGAUGGUAGUAGUGCCACCAACAGUGAGGAUGGUAGUAGUGCCACCAACAGUGAGGAUGGUAGUAGUGCCACCAACAGUGAGGAUGGUAGUAGUGCCACCAACAGUGAGGAUGGUAGUAGUGCCACCAACAGUGAGGAUGGUAGUAGUGCCACCAACAGUGAGGAUGGUAGUAGGGCCACCAACAGUGAGGAUGGUAGUAGGGCCACCAACAGUGAGGAUGGUAGUAGUGCCACCAACAGUGAGGAUGGUAGUAGGGCCACCAACAGUGAGGAUGGUAGUAGUGCCACCAACAGUGAGGAUGGUAGUAGGGCCACCAACAGUGAGGAUGGUAGUAGUGCCACCAACAGUGAGGAUGGUAGUAGGGCCACCAACAGUGAGGAUGGUAGUAGUGCCACCAACAGUGAGGAUGGUAGUAGUGCCACCAACAGUGAGGAUGGUAGUAGGGCCACCAACAGUGAGGAUGGUAGUAGGGCCACCAACAGUGAGGAUGGUAGUAGUGCCACCAACAGUGAGGAUGGUAGUAGGGCCACCAACAGUGAGGAUGGUAGUAGGGCCACCAACAGUGAGGAUGGUAGUAGUGCCACCAACAGUGAGGAUGGUAGUAGGGCCACCAACAGUGAGGAUGGUAGUAGGGCCACCAACAGUGAGGAUGGUAGCAGUGCCACCAACAGUGAGGAUGGUAGUAGUGCCACCAACAGUGAGGAUGGUAGUAGUGCCACCAACAGUGAGGAUGGUAGUAGUGCCAUCACUGGUGAGGAUCCAACCACCAACAGUGAGGAUUGUAGUAGUGCCAUCACUGGUGAGGAUCCAACCACCAACAGUGAGGAUCCAACCACCAACAGUGAGGAUUGUAGUAGUGCCAUCACUGGUGAGGAUCCAACCACCAACAGUGAGGAUUGUAGUAGGGCCAUCACUGGUGAGGAUCCAACCACCAACAGUGAGGAUUGUAGUAGUGCCAUCACUGGUGAGGAUCCAACCACCAACAGUGAGGAUUGUAGUAGGGCCAUCACUGGUGAGGAUCCAACCACCAACAGUGAGGAUUGUAGUAGGGCCAUCACUGGUGAGGAUCCAACCACCAACAGUGAGGAUUGUAGUAGUGCCAUCACUGGUGAGGAUCCAACCACCAACAGUGAGGAUUGUAGUAGGGCCACCACUGGUGAGGAUCCAACCACCAACAGUGAGGAUUGUAGUAGUGCCACCACUGGUGAGGAUCCAACCACCAACAGUGAGGAUUGUAGUAGUGCCACCAACAGUGAGGAUCCAACCACCAACAGUGAGGAUUGCAGUAGUGCCAUCACUGGUGAGGAUCCAACCACCAACAGUGAGGAUUGUAGUAGGGCCAUCACUGGUGAGGAUCCAACCACCAACAGUGAUGAUUGUAGUAGUGCCAUCACUGGUGGGGAUCCAACCACCAACAGUGAUGAUUGUAGUAGUGCCAUCACUGGUGGGGAUCCAACCACCAACAGUGAGGAUUGUAGUAGUGCCAUCACUGGUGAGGAUCCAACCACCAACAGUGAGGAUUGUAGUAGUGCCAUCACUGGUGAGGAUCCAACCACCAACAGUGAGGAUUGUAGUAGUGCCAUCACUGGUGAGGAUCCAACCACCAACAGUGAGGAUUGUAGUAGGGCCAUCACUGGUGAGGAUCCAACCACCAACAGUGAGGAUUGUAGUAGUGCCACCACUGGUGAGGAUCCAACCACCAACAGUGAGGAUUGUAGUAAUGCCAUCACUGGUGAGGAUCCAACCACCAACAGUGAGGAUUGUAGUAAUGCCACCAACAGUGAGGAUCCAACCACCAACAGUGAGGAUUGUAGUAGUGCCAUCACUGGUGAGGAUCCAACCACCAACAGUGAGGAUUGUAGUAAUGCCACCAACAGUGAGGAUCCAACCACCAACAGUGAGGAUUGUAGUAGUGCCACCAACAGUGAGGAUCCAACCACCAACAGUGAGGAUUGUAGUAGUGCCACCACUGGUGAGGAUCCAACCACCAACAGUGAGGAUUGUAGUAGUGCCACCAACAGUGAGGAUCCAACCACCAACAGUGAGGAUUGUAGUAGGGCCACCACUGGUGAGGAUCCAACCACCAACAGUGAGGAUUGUAGUAGGGCCACCACUGGUGAGGAUCCAACCACCAACAGUGAGGAUUGUAGUAGGGCCACCACUGGUGAGGAUCCAACCACCAACAGUGAGGAUUGUAGUAAUGCCACCAACAGUGAGGAUCCAACCACCAACAGUGAGGAUUGUAGUAGGGCCACCACUGCUGAAGAUCCAACCACCAACAGUGAGGAUGGUAGUAAUGCCACCAACAGUGAGGAUCCAACCACCAACAGUGAGGAUUGUAGUAAUGCCACCAACAGUGAGGAUCCAACCACCAACAGUGAGGAUUGUAGUAGGGCCACCACUGCUGAAGAUCCAACCACCAACAGUGAGGAUGGUAGUAAUGCCACCAACAGUGAGGAUCCAACCACCAACAGUGAGGAUUGUAGUAAUGCCACCAACAGUGAGGAUCCAACCACCAACAGUGAGGAUUGUAGUAGGGCCAUCACUGGUGAGGAUCCAACCACCAACAGUGAGGAUUGUAGUAAUGCCACCAACAGUGAGGAUCCAACCACCAACAGUGAGGAUUGUAGUAGUGCCAUCACUGGUGAGGAUCCAACCACCAACAGUGAGGAUUGUAGUAGGGCCACCACUGCUGAAGAUCCAACCACCAACAGUGAGGAUGGUAGUAAUGCCACCAACAGUGAGGAUGGUAGUAAUGCCACCAACAGUGAGGAUCCAACCACCAACAGUGAGGAUGGUAGUAAUGCCACCAACAGUGAGGAUCCAACCACCAACAGUGAGGAUUGUAGUAAUGCCACCAACAGUGAGGAUCCAACCACCAACAGUGAGGAUUGUAGUAGGGCCAUCACUGGUGAGGAUCCAACCACCAACAGUGAGGAUUGUAGUAAUGCCACCAACAGUGAGGAUCCAACCACCAACAGUGAGGAUUGUAGUAGUGCCAUCACUGGUGAGGAUCCAACCACCAACAGUGAGGAUUGUAGUAGGGCCACCACUGCUGAAGAUCCAACCACCAACAGUGAGGAUGGUAGUAAUGCCACCAACAGUGAGGAUGGUAGUAAUGCCACCAACAGUGAGGAUCCAACCACCAACAGUGAGGAUGGUAGUAGGGCCACCACUGGUGAGGAUCCAACCACCAACAGUGAGGAUGGUAGUAAUGCCACCAACAGUGAGGAUGGUAGUAAUGCCACCAACAGUGAGGAUGGUAGUAAUGCCACCAACAGUGAGGAUCCAACCACCAACAGUGAGGAUGGUAGUAAUGCCACCAACAGUGAGGAUCCAACCACCAACAGUGAGGAUGGUAGUAAUGCCACCAACAGUGAGGAUCCAACCACCAACAGUGAGGAUGGUAGUAGGGCCACCAACAGUGAGGGUCAUGGCAGCAGUGAUGGUGGUGUUGGUGACUGUCAUGGCAGUAGGAGUGAUAAUGAAGGUGAGGAUGAUGGUAGCCAAAGAGGUGGUGGUGCUGGUGAAGGAGGGAGCCACGGUGAGCAGGGUGGUGGUAGCCUCGGUGAGGGGCAGCACCAUGGCAGCAGCUGCGGCCCUGACUACCACGGCGAGGUGGCGGAGAGCUUCUGCGCCCUCGUGCUGGCCCUCAGGCGACGCGGCGACCCUCAGGAGGCCCUGCUCCGCUUCAAGCGCACGAUUGGGCGCUACGAUUCCACCUUCGUCGGCACCAAUCAGCAGGAGGCUCACGACCUGCUGUCCUUCCUGCUGGACGCCCUAGAUAGAGACCUUCAGGGUGGUCCAGGCCCGUGGCGUCCUGCCGAGAUGUUCUCCGGCCUCCACCUGUCCAAGAUCAUCUGCUCCGCCACUGGGAAGGUGAUAUCAGAGGUGGAGGAGCCUUUCACCAGCCUCAGCCUACCUGUGGUGCGGCGACAUAACGGAGAUAUGGACUUAUACGAAUGCCUAGAGAGGUUCUACAGGAAGCAAAAGUUACUCUGGGACUGCCCGGAGUGUCCCGAAGCUCAUGAAUGCGAGAGUGUCACGGUGAUUAUGAGGCUGCCGCCGGUGCUGGUCAUCCAUCUGAGCAGGGUGGUCGACUCGCCCCAGGAUAAGUACAAGGAGACAGUCUUCUUCCCCCGGAAACUGAGUGAGAUGAACCAGUACGCCAUCACGGAGGCCCAGCGGGGGGGGUACUACCAGCUGUGCGCCGCCUGCUACCACCACGGCACCACGCUCGGCGGCCACUACACGGCCACCUGCAGGGCCCCGGACGAGGACCAGGAGGCGUGGAACCUCUUCGACGACGACCACGUGACUCGGCAACACACGGGCCCGGCGUUCAACGAGGCCCACAUCCUCUUCUAUCAGAGUGUGUGAGAGAGUGUGUGUGUGUGUGUGUGUGUGUGUGUGUGUGUGUGUGUGUUUUCCUGCAGUUGCGGAAUUUUGUGUGAAUGCGUGCGUGCGUGCGUCCACACGGAAUUAGCUUAACUAUAGUCUGUUCACUUAACUCCGACCCAAGCUGACAACAUAAACCUAAGCGUGUUUGCAAGCUGAGUGCUGAUUGGCUACUGCUAUGGCUUCCAAGUUUUCUUUAACCUCUGUUUGUGUUUAUCUCACGCAGCACUUUCUGCUAAUCCGCACUGUGCUUACGAACACGCUUAGGUUUAUGUUGUCAGCUUGGGGAACAGACUACAGAAACGAAGCUCUCAAGUGUAGCCAUCAUUCUAAAGCUUCGAGUUAGUAAUCUCGUGUAAAAAAGUGUUAAAAGGAUUAUUAUUAUUAUUAUUAUUAUUAUUAUUAUUAUUAUUAUUAUUAUUAUUAUUAUUAUUAUUAUUAUUAUUAUUGUAACGAGAAUCCUCCUAAUGGUGUGGGUGUCAGCAUGCGGUGGAACAGGUCCAGUGGUGCCCUGUGCAGCACGCCGGGCCGAUGACUGGCCUGUGUCCGCUGUGCUGUGGUGCUGUUGUUGUCAUGAAGGAAGGAAACAUUUUAUUCUCGCCGUCAAGCUCUCGGAAAAUUGUGCUUCCUUAUUCGUAUUUGGACUCCCACUACGACCACUCCCCAAGACACAGGAAAGAUUAACCGGGUGUUCAUGGGUGAUUAUCCCGUUCACAGUGCAGACGUUGUGUAGAACUAUUACCAGCAUCACAAAACACUCCAUGGAAACCCCAGCAACUUCUUUAACGUAUCAGGCUUCCUUUACGACUAUUUCCCAAGACACAGGAAAGAUUAACCGGGUGUUCAUGGGUGAUUAUCCCGCUCGUGGUACAGACGUCGUGUAGAACUAUCACCAGGAUCACAAAGCACUCCAUGAAAUCCCAGCAACUUCUUAACCCGGUAGCAGCGACGGGACAAAUUUGUGCCAUGAUAUAAACCCCCUAAAAUAGAUGAUACAUAAUCUGAUCACGAAUGCUUUGAUAUAAUUAUGAAGUGAUUUGUGUGAGGGGUGAUUUUUCUCAUUUUUCUCGCUUGGAGGGACCAUUAAGAAACAUAUGAUCCUCGCUGCCACCGGGUUAAACGUAUCGGACUUUCUUUAUGACUAUUUCUCAAGGCCACAGAGAAGAUUAACCGGGUAUUCAUGGGUGAUUAUCCCGUUCACAGUGUACGUCUUGUAAAACCACCACCACUUAUUCACCAGCAUCACAAAACACUCCAUGGAAAUCCCUCAACUUCUACGAGAGGCUUUCAAACAGGUGAACUGAGACGCCGACACGUUUUGAAUAGCUAUGGGCUGUAGAUUCCUUUGGUCAAAUGACAAGCACAUUGAUUCAUUAGCUUUAUUACUAGUCUUGAUAAAAAUACAAAUCUUCCUACUUACUGAUUAAAACAUAUUGGAAGUUAUUUACCUGUGUGCUAAUCAUUACCUGCUUACUAAUAUAGGUUUCUGCUAUCAUGGUUACUUGUCUGUUUGUUUAUCUAGUCUUUGUUUAUUUAUUGGAUUUCUUCUUUUAAUUGUGUGUGUUUUGCAAUCUGUUCAGUGAUGUGUGUGUGUGUGUGUGUGUGUGUGUGUGUGUGUGUUCUUCUUCGUCUUCUUUUUUCUUCUUUGUCUUCUUCAUUUUCGUCUUCUUCUUCUUCUUCCUCUUCUUCUUCUGUUUUGUCUUCUCUGUCACCUUUCUUCUUCUUUUUCUUCUUCUUCUACUUUUUCAUCUUUUUUUUUCUUCUCCCUCUUCUUCCUCUUCUUCUUCUUCUUAUUAUUAUUAUUAUAACUACUAUUACUAUUAUUAUUAUUAUUAUUAUUAUUAUCAUCAUUAUUAGUCUAGCAGUGCGCAAAUUCCUCUUCCUAUGUCUGUCUUCUCAUGUUGGUCGCCUUGUUAGCUACCAGAGAGUUGCCCUAAUCGUUAUGCUGCAUCUCUCUCUCUCUCUCUCUCUCUCUCUCUCUCUCUCUCUCUCUCUCUCCUCAACUCCGAACAGGCGAAACAAACCUACGAAGCUUCAGUCUCGCUUGUCUCGGAACGCUGACGUCACAAGAAAUGGAAGAGGAGGAGGAGGAGGAGGAGGAGGAGGCCGACAGUGGAGGAAGGACAGCCAGAGGAGGAGGAGGAGGUGGCGGAGCAGCGGUCACCAGUUCGAUUCCCUUCGUCUGAAUGUGUGAAGGAUAUGUUCGAGGCGGAUCUAUAGCAGGACUCGAAUCUAUGUAAAGGAGGCCUGGGAGAGGUAUAAGGGUGGUGGUGAAUUGCUUGUUGGUGAAGUCUCUCUCUCUCUCUCUCUCUCUCUCUCUCUCUCUCUCUCUCUCUCUCUCUCUCUCUCUCUCUCUCUCUC